ACACACGAGUCUUCUAUUUUUAAGCUAUAUUGACCUUAUACUUAUUUAAAGUGAUUUAUAUUUUGCAGCUCCUGUUCUAAAUCCGAGGUAUGCAUAUACGAUGGAUCCAACUCAACAAAUAUUUCGUGGACUCAAAGAUACAUUUCAGCGCAUGACGGAUCUCCAGAGCGCCGUGCAGGCAUUGUAGGAGUUUGACGUGUUUCAGCAGAAGGUUGGCGAGUAUGGCAGUGAAAUGGCAAUGCGGAUGGCGAUGGACCCAAAGACAUCCUCAUUGUCCUGGUGGAUGAUGUUCGGAUCAAGCACUCCAAAGCUGCAGUACCUUGACAUGAGGCUUGUUUCGCAAUGUUGUUCGUCCAGUGGAUGCGAGCGGAACUGGAGUACUUUUGCAUUGCUGUAUACAAAGGUUCACAAUCGGUUGUCGCACAAGAAACUUAACAAGCUUGUCUAUGUCAACUACAACCUUCGUCUCCGACUUAAGGAGGUCUCCGGCCCACCGAUGCGUGAAGAAGGUGAUUUCAUUGACCAGCUGGCCUAUGUUUCUUUCUAUGAUGAGAAUAAUCUGGUGCGAGAAUGGAUGGAAUAUGGUAGAUCUAUCCGGGCUCCAGUUCCGGACGAGGAUGAUGAUGACGGCGACAUCCCUCUCUCGUCCCAUCUUGUCAGAGAUCAAAUAAACGUGCCAGAUUUACGUGAGGCUACGGGGGAUGAUUCCAUCAGCGUUUGGGCACGUAAAAAUGUGGAUGACACUCACCUAGAGAAGAGGAAGUUGCAGAAGGGGCCUACAAAGGGUGACCCGAAGCGUCAAAAAAGCAAAGGAACAUCAAAACCAGUAAGCAGCGGCACCGAGACUGAUGAUGGCGAAGGUGAGCGUAGUCCUCCAUAUCAGAAGUCCAAAGAUAGCACCUCGGCCGAUGAUAGUGAUGAUAGUGACGGUGUUGAUGCUGGUGGUGGUGGUGGUAGUGGUGUUCGUUUCACAGGUAUACAUUGCACAUACAAAUACACACAUAUUACUGACUAUGAGUAUUGACUACUAAUUAUGAUAUAUGGUUGAUUGCAGGGGAGACUCGGUUCACACAUGCUACUCAGGACACCGACCAUGGAGCACCGCAAUCGCAGAGGGGAACAGGU